AUGUCUGUUGUCUCGCUCCUCGGCGUCGAGGUGAAGAACAACCCAGCCGCGUUCGACGCGUCUUACGAGUUCGAAAUCACAUUCGAGUGUCUGGAGAAGCUGCAAAAAGAUCUCGAAUGGAAGUUGACCUACGUGGGCUCCGCGACCUCAUCUGAAUACGACCAAGAGCUCGACUCCCUCCUCGUCGGUCCCAUCCCAAUCGGCAUCAACAAAUUCAUCUUCGAAGCCGACCCACCCAGCCUGACGCGCAUCCCCGCCAGCGAGAUCCUAGGCGUGACUGUCAUCCUCCUCUCGUGCAGCUACGACGGACGCGAAUUCGUGCGCGUGGGCUACUACGUCAACAACGAGUACACGGAUGAAGCCCUCAUCGCUGAGCCCCCGGCCAAGCCCAUCAUCGAGAAGGUGCGGCGCAACAUCCUCGCGGAGAAGCCGAGAGUGACGCGGUUCGCUAUCAAGUGGGACUCUGAAGAAUCCGCACCCCCAGAGUUCCCCCCAGACCAGCCCGAAGCCGAUGCCGUCGAAGCCGACGGCGACAAAUACGGUGCCGAAGAAGCGGAGGAGGAAGAAGAGCUCAUCGAGAUCGCUGAAGGCGCCACCAUAGGCACUGGCGAUGGAGACGAAGAGAUGGCUGGCGCCGACGAUACUGCUGGACCCGUAAAGGAAGACGACGCCGAGUCCGACGCCGGCAGCGAGGACCUGGGCGAGAGCUCCGAGGAUGACGACGAGGAGGAGGGCGAGGAAGAAGGUGAAGGCGACGAGGACAUGGAGAUAGACGAGGACGGUGCCAAAGCUGAGGACCCGCCCGCAAACGGAGCGGCGCCGCAACCACAGCAGCACGCGGAUGUAAUGGUGCACUAA